AAGUCACUGACAUUUCAUAGACAUUACCAGAUUUCUCAGUUUAAUUUCUUAACGAAUACUUGGAGAAAUACCAUUUAUCCAGUUCAGAAACUAUGUACCAACGAUUCGCCAAUUUGAAUCUGGAGGCCCUCUAUGGAAUUCCGGCUAUGUGUCCAGUGACCAAUUGCCAGGCGCAGAUGUCGCCACUCGAGAUGCUGGCCCAUCUGAUGAUGCGGCACAGUCCGCAGGACUCGAUGAUCGAGAUUGCUGAGGACGUGCCCAAGCAGUACGAAGUGGAUAUUGAUAAAUUGACACCGGGUCGAAAUCAUUCGAUUGGAGUCAUCGCCUAUGAGGGAGCCCCAAAGCCGGGUCUUAGUUGUGCUGUUACUUCGGAUCUGCAGAUUGUCCACCAUCUGCCCAUUAUCCUGAUGCUCUAUGUGAGCCCUCCUAUUCUGAACACCGAGCAGGCCUACAUCUUAUACCUGGUGAGUGCUGUGCCCUCCAGUCUGGUGAGUGCCAAUGUAACACUCCUCGACGGAUUCCAUGCCCACGAGAAGCGCGGAUGGCGUUGCCUGCGCAAUUCCCUGGACAGUCCAUUGAUGGAUAGUCAGAAUCGGCUGUAUUGCAACACGGACUACCUCCUGUACACGGCCACCGACAUUCGGGAGCUGUGCCUCUCCGGAGAGCAGCGUAGGAUCUUCGUCAAGAUCGUGCUACACGGCGAGCCCGAUCCCUUCCAAGUGGACGCCUAGCAAAAGGUGUCCGGACGAGUGACUCAUUUGGUUCAAUAAACACUUAAGUGCUGCGCCGCCAAUUGACGCACACUUGAAAUUCGAG